AUGCAUGGAUAUGCUUUGAUUCACCUCGUCGGCAAACUGGGUAUCAAGGAGAUCCUCGACACGGCCGAGUUCGAAAUCGUUAUUGCGAACAUAGAUAACGGCGGUUUCUUCUCGUUGUAUACGAAUUACAGUUUCAGACGUGCACCAUCGUCAGAGGCAAUCGAAAAGCUGCGUGUCGCGCUGGACGAGGAGGAAGGUCCAAAAUGCAAUCCGUACAAAGCCAAAACGGAAGCAUAA